AUGGGCUUCAGUCGCUAUACCUACGUCUCUUCAGAAUGGCAAGAUUACUUCGAAAAGUUUACCUUUCGACGCCUCCUGAUCGACAACUGCCAGCUAGCCAGGUUUUUCAAGAUGACCAUGGGCGAAAAGGCCGUGAGAUUGUCGUAUAUACGCUAUAUAUGCUUGAGAAUCAAGCUUCAGGACUAUGAUGACACGGAAUGCGAUAAGCCAGAGUCUCAUGCCACGAUAAAUUGGAAUAACCAAAGAUUUACCCAUUCCCUCAAAGUACUGUUCGAUGUCCUCCGCCGUUGGAAGCCCUCCAGCGAUCGAGACACCGGGUUGAUCCUCGAGAUCACCGCCUACUUACCUGGUCACAAUAGGCAAUUUCUAGAAGCAUCAAUGGACUAUGCUGUGCAUGAAAACUUCCAGUUAAAAGAGGACCUCGCAAAUUCACCGAGCGUUACGGGAUUCAUUCAUGCCAAAGAUGCCAGGGAUCAACGUGCGCCUGGAAAGGAUUGGUUAAUGCAGAUGAACCUGGGAAGCUCGAAGCGACUACAUGGCACGCCACUUGAACUGACGACAGGAAAGAACCUGAAGGAGGUCCCGAUCGUCCAUACUCUUUGGAUACGUCAUCAAUUUAAAAGAGGGAUAAAGAGCUCGAGCUUGGCGAGGAUCUUGCGCAUGGCCCUAACGAAGGUCACAUCUUUCCGGCUCGAGACUACCCAAGAUCCAGAUUUCAGCGACUUGAACAACCUGAUUCCUCAGCUUCCCCAUAAUAUCCGUCAUCUUUCCUUCGACAUUUUUCCAAGAACUAUCUGUCAUAUUCUAUCUAUCAACGCAAUGUCUGAACUGGAGACAUAUUUAGCUGAGGAGGCUCUAGCAGAGAAGGCUCGCCAUCUAGUUUCACUCUGUCCACCUCCUGGUACGAACUCACUGCAUUUAAUUCAGAAUCUUCGAAAGUCACAGCAACUCGAACAUGGUUCAAAACUGGAGCAGUUAUGUCUUGAAGUUCCGUAUAACUGCCGUGGAGAAGUUUUAUUAUUCCAGCGUCGGAUAAAUCGUCUCUUGAAAGAAAGUGCAGUUACAGCUUGGCACUUACCAAACCUCAAGAUUCUGGAAAUAUGGUGUCACGACAGGAUGAACGCGUUUAUGUUCAGAUAUGAGCAUGAGAAAGACCAAGUUACCAUUACAUGGAGAGUAUCCGAAGACUGGAUUAACUUGGCAGAGGGAAGUAUAAACCAGUGGAGAAGAGUAGCUCAAAAGUACAAUGUGGUAUUUUCCGUAAAAGAGCUGCCGGUUUUGAGAAAUCCGCUGGUUUGGGGUAUCUCAUACGGCAACGGGUAUAUUGACAGGAAGGUCGUCUAUUGGCUACUGAAGCUGCGUGAUUUGGCAAUUGAUCCAGUCACUUUAGCCCGCCUCGAUAUGAUUAGAUUCUUGCCAAUGUAG